CAAUAAAUCAAGUUCGGCAAAAGUUACAAGUUGGGACAAUCUCAUGAAAAAUGGAAUCUGCAGGCCAAGUUGUUUCAGCCUUCAAUGGUAGAGUAAUUAAGGAACCUCGUGGCUUCAUCAAAGUUAUAGAAUGGAUUUUAGCAAUUUUUGCCUUUGCCACUACCACAUCAUUUAGUUCAUCCACAAUAUUCAGAGUUAAUUGUGAACCACCUAAAACAGUCAAAUUUUCAUAUAGUUAUCCUUUUGAUCUCCACGAGAUUACAUUUACAGUACCAGAAUCCUGCGAUAAUGGAACCACGAAGACUCAACAAGUCCAUCUACUAGCAGGAGCCACGGCGCCUGCUCAAUUCUAUGUAUUUGUUGGAGUCAUUGUAUUUUUAUACUGUAUGGCAGCCUUGGUUUUGUAUAUGUUUUUUGAUGAUAUGUAUAGACGUAAUACACGAAUGGUGAUCGGAGAUUUUAUAAUCUCAGUGGUUUUGACAAUAUUAUGGUUAAUUUCUGCGUCUGCCUGGGCCCAGGGUGUGACAGACGUAAAGGAAUAUACAGACCCUGUCGACAGCAAUAUGUUUGGGAAUGACAAAAUCAUCGCUGUUUGUGGCCCGGUUGGCGCAUGUGAAAAUGUACAACUCGGCAACUUUGCUGGCCUCAAUGUAUCGUUGAUUUUUGGCUUCCUGAAUUUUGGUGUAUGGGUAGGAAAUCUAUGGUUUCUGUUUAAGGAAACCCCCUGGUUUAAAGGAUCUUCCGAGCAAGCAGAACCUGAAACCCCUUAUGCACCCUCGUCUAUGCCCCCUAAUUCCAAUAUCUAAGUUAUUUAGAUUUUUUAAGUUCGCUUUUACACUUUAGAUCGAUUUGAAAAGUAAGACGUUGUUGAGUUUGGAACCUGAGAACAUCUUAAAUGUAUAAGUUGCAAAUAAAUUUAAUUUUAGAAUAUGAACGCUAGGGCUGCAAGGAUUCUUGAAGGUUCAAUCCAAUACACUAUAAAAUACACCAGUAUACGAUUUAUUGCGAUAAUAAUCGCGAUUCAUUUAUUAGAGAAGGAAAGAGAAAAAAUAGAAAUUUGUAAAAUGACUAACAAGUUUGUCACUAUUAAACACUUGAGAACAUUAAGAAGGAAGGAAUUGUGAAAAAAUAGAAAUUUUUAAAGUCAGAAAUAAAUUUUUGCAAAUUUUGAUGUGAAAAUCAAAUACAUUAUACAUUCUUAAUAUAAGGAUUCUGUGUUAUUUGUUUUUAAAGUGGGCUAAGAAUUAAUCGUGCCGAUACAUCACGAUUAUUUUUAUCCAACAUCAAUAAGAAGGAAAGAAUAUCGCUUCAUUGAUUCAUCGGUGAAUCGUUGCAGCCCUAAUGAACGUAAUAAUGUUUUGAAAACUGGUGUAAAUUUCAAUAAAGUAGUAAGUAGCAAGAAAUCCAGCUUUAUUGAAAUUAUGGAAAAUCUCUCUCUUUUAUGCAUCAUCUGAAAGCAAGGGUGCAAAUAUAAAUUUUACGUUUUAUUUUUCUGAUAUCUACCGCUAAAAUAUUUUGUUAUGAUGUAUUUUGUUAGUUUUAAGUGGGUGCUUGAAAUUUUGGAAUCUUUGAUGUUUUGGUUAGAAAUGGUAACUUUCAUAAAACCAAAUUUAUAUUGGGCCCAGGUCAACAGUGAUCAUUUGUGAACUCUUAUUAUUGGUGAAUCUGAGAGCAAUUGCACUUGAAAGAAGAACAUGAGUAACUGAAGGCAUCUGGUAGCAAUGGUUUUUCAGCUGUCUGUUUACUCAGGUCAGCUAUCUGUUUGCUUGGGUAAGCUGUCUGUUUACUUGGAUAAGCUGUCUGUUUGCUUUUUACUCAGCAGGUCAGCUGUCUGUUUACUCAGGUCAGAUUUCUGUCUACUCGGGUCAACUGCCUGUCUACUCAGGUCAGCUGUCUGUCUACUCAGGUCAGCUGUCUGUUUACUUGGGUCAGUUGUCUGUUUACUCGAACUCAGAUCAGCUGUCUGGUUGAGUGAGUCUAGCGUUUGAUCUGAUUAUCUCAUUCUU